CUGACAGGUUGGAAGCAGUCGACAGGUUUCGCCAACGCCCCAACUUCAGUCCUAACUGAGCGUGGCGCUGAAUCGAACGUAUUUUUCUGGCUCUUAAGUGCGCCACGAAAUACGUAUAAAACGAAAACGAAUCGAGAAAAAAAUACAAUAAAUAUUAGAUAUAGUAGGUGAUAAAAAGGAAAAGUGAGAAUGCGCUUCAAACUGUUUGUGGUCUGUGCGCUGGCCUGCGGCUUCAUGGCCUACGUGCUGGCCAACGAGAAUGUAUCAACGGAAGUGGAAGAUCAAAUUAUAAAGACCGUGCCCGCGAAUAAAGCACCCAAAAUUGUUGAAGCUGCCGAAUUUGUCGAGAUUCCCGAGGAGCUCAAAACGACACCCGCUGUCAAAAAGGUCGACAAAGUGUCGCCACCCGCAGCAGUCGCUCCAGCAGCAGCAAAGGCAUCGUCUCCUGCACCAGCUGCGGCUAAGCCACAAGCCAAGCCAAUUGUACAGGCAGCAGUGGCAGCGGCGGCGCCAAUGAAGCUGUUGCCCGUUGCCUCGAGUCGCGGCACAGAUGACAUUUUAACUGUGGCUGGACUGAAGCCACAGACCAAAUCUGGGGCACUAGUUAUGCCAUUGGAAUACCUUGGCGAGCUGUACGAUGUGGAUACCAGUGGCUACAAUUGGGAUCCCAACAACAAUGUGGCGCCACCGGAUACGGCCUCAACCGCUGCUGGUGGUUAUACAAUUACCUCCGCCCGUCUCGCCGAGCUGCGACAAAAUUUCAUGUACUGGUUCUUCGACAAGGACAUGUAUGGUGGCCGUGGCGACUAUCAGUUUGACAUUCAUGCCUCGAUGACGCAGCUGCACAAGAAUCUGAACUUCCAGAUGCCCUUCUACGGUUUCCGUUUCAACUACACACGCCUCUCGCUUAAUGGCUACUUGGAGUUCUCUGACCCACCCGAGUAUCUCACCUAUCCACUGGUCUUCCCCAUCAAGGACUGGCCGGUUAAACGGGAUCCCUCGUUCAUGGGCAUCUUCUUCAGUAAGUGCCGCGUUGGCCGCAUCUAUCCCACUGAUAUCGACCAGCGUACACCCGGCGUUUACUGGCGUGUGGUACGUGAUCUGAUGGGACGCACGGACCGUUUUGGUGUCGAGGUGCGAGAGCGCACCAUGUGGGAUAUUCGCACUGGCGUUGUGGGUGCUGAUACCUUUGUGCCCAAGCACGUUGUGAUCGCCACCUGGAAGAAUGUCUCCUUUGCCGGCGGCAUUGACAACUCGCUUUUUACGACAAACACAUUCCAAAUGGUUUUGGCCACCGAUGAAGUCUACACUUAUGCCAUCUGGAACUAUGCGGUGCUUAAUUGGUUGUCGCAUACUGAAGCUGGCGGCGAUACGACCAAGGGCGAGGGUGGCACUCCAGCAUAUGUCGGUUUCAACGCUGGCAACGGCACCCAGGCUUAUGAGUAUAAACCUUACAGUCAGAACAUGGUCAUCAGGGACUUGGCCAAUCGUGGUUGGGGCAACGGUUUCCCAGGCCGACAUAUUUUCCGCCUCGAUGAACAAAUUCUAAUCGGCUCGUGCAACAAAGAUAUAGAUGCUGCCCUGCUGCCACUGACCUUUGCUCCCGAGUCGGGCAACAUGUUGGGUGGCCAGGUGGUCAACAUAACUGGACCCUGCUUCGAUCCUGACAUACGCGUUACUUGCCAUUUCGAUACCGAGUCUGUGCUGGGUACCUACGUCGAUCGUAAUCGUGUAAUUUGUGUGCAGCCCUUCCUCAAGGCCGAGGGUUAUAUACGCUUCCAGAUCUCGGUGGGCACUCAGCGUUUCAAGUGGCGUGGAAAGUACUUUGUGGAGACACCCGCCGCGGCCACUGAGAAGAUUUUCUUUGCCACCGACGAUGUGCACAAGAAGAAUCCCAACGAGAUUCGCAUCACCUGGAAUGCCUUCAAUUUGACAUCGAAUGCGAACGCGAAUGUUAUGAUUUCACUGUGGGGUUAUCGUGAAACAAAAAUCGAACCACAACUCGAAUACAUUGAUGUCAUCGAGGCCAGUCUGACAAAUACGGGCAGCUAUGUGAUCACACCCUCCAAUUACCUCAACCGCCACAACAUCAACAAUGACAUGCAGUUUGGCUUCCUGCAGAUCAAUCUGACCCAGCCCGACCAAUACUCCAACCUGGCGCUUAGUCCCAUCCUGUGGUCACGGCCCAUUCCGCUGGCCUGGUAUAUGGCGCCCCAAUGGGAGCAGAAGCAUGGCAAACGUUGGCCCCGCGCUCUAUGCGAUAAUUGGAUCCGUGCCGACCGAUUCCUCAGAAACUUUGCCGCCGACUUGCCGCUUUGUCCCUGCACCCUGGAGCAGGCUGUGCUCGAUAAGGGUCGCUUCCGGCCGGAUCGUGAGUGCGACAAGGACUCGAACCCCAGUUGCUUGCGUCAUCGUGGCGCUAUACAUUGUGUUGUCAGUGGAACGCCAGUUGCCCAAGGUGCUGAGCAGCAGUGUUGCUACGAUCGCUAUGGAUUCCUGAUGUUGACCUACGAUCAAAUGUGGGGCUCGCGUCCACGCCGUAUUCACAACCUGGGCAAGAUGCCAUGGAACGAGGCCAGCAAAGUGCCAUCGCUUUCGAUGUGGUUCCACGAUAUGCGUCCAUUCUACUCCUGCUGCUUCUGGCAGGAAGAACAGGCUGUUGGCUGUGAAACCUAUCGCUUUGAGCGUCGCCCUUCGCAGGAUUGUGUUGCUUAUCAGGCCCCUGGCGUUGCUGGCGUCUUUGGUGAUCCACAUUUGAUUACGUUUGAUGGCACACAGUAUACUUUCAAUGGUUUGGGUGAGUUUGUGUUGGCUCGCAGUACCGAUCAAAGCGAACGCUUUGAGGUGCAGGGUCGCUUCCAGCAGAUGCCACCGAAUUAUUACGGCCAGGUGAUGGCCACUCAGCUGACUUCGGUUGCCAUGCGUGGCAAUACAACAACGACAAUUGAGGUUCGUCUGCGUCCACUGCACGCUCGCUGGCGUUAUCGUCUGGAUGUGCUUGCCGAUGGCCGAAAGGUGUACUUUGAUCGCGAGAGUUUGAAGUUCCAGCACUUUGAUGGUGUCACCGUGUAUACUCCAACGUAUCUGCUGAAUCAGUCACAGGUUGUGGUGCAGUUUGAUGCGGGCAUUGGCAUUGAGGUCGUGGAGAACGAGGGCUUUAUGACGGGUCGUGUCUUCUUGCCGUGGAAGUUUAUUAAUAAAACUGCUGGCUUGUUUGGCAACUGGAGCUACAACAAGUUGGAUGACUUUACGCUGCCCAAUGGCCAAGUGGCUUCCAUCAAUACCAACGACAUGCGCAGUCUGUAUUACAACUUUGGCCUCAAAUGGAUGCUCACAGAUCGCGAUGUGUCUGGUGUGGGUGCAGCAUUGUUUACACGCGAGUUUGGACGCAUGGCCAGCUACUAUUCGAAUGCCUCGUUUGUGCCGAACUUUGUGAUGAACCCGGUUGAUUUCUUGCCCGCCAAUCGCAGCUAUGAUGUGGAUCGUGCUGAGGAGUUGUGUGGCGAGUGUUCACAGUGUGAAUAUGAUUAUGCAAUGACGCUGGAUCGAGAUUUGGCGCACUUCACAAAGAACUAUUACGAGACUUUGGUCAACAUGCAGACGGAGAAUGCACAACGCGUGGUUUCCUGUGGCGUGUUGCAAACGCCGCGCUUUGGACGCAAGCUCAGCUUUGACUUUAUGCCUGGUGCAAAGGUUGCGUUUGAGUGCAAUGAAGGUUUCAUUUUGGUGGGUGAUCAGCGUCGCGAGUGCUUGGCGAAUGGUCUGUGGAAUCUACCCGAAUAUGGCUACACCGAGUGUCUGCGUGAAGUGUAUUACACGCGUCGUAUCGCUUUCAUUGCAAUUGGCAUUAUCCUGCUCGUUAUUGUCCCGCUGAUGCUCUGCAUUGUGUGCGGAGUCUAUCGCUAUCGUCAGAAGCAGUUGAAGGAGGAUCCCCACUGGCAGAUGCCUGUGCUGCCGCGUUCACGCGCCGGCUCGGCACGCAAUUUGCGUGUACUGAACUAUGAUCCAGAAGACGAUAGCGAUACCGAUGCGAGCACGCUGAAAAAAACUAAGAAAUGGGAUCUGGACAUGAACGACGAGGAUGUGACAUCAUCGGAAGGUGAGAAACCCAAGCAGACCGGACGUCGCUCCCUCCGCUCUGGCUCCGGCACCGAACUGAAUCACGAUGGCACCGCCAUCGAUGAUGAGGCUGGCCAUCAUGAUGACGAUGAUGACUACGAUGAGGGUGACAUACACACGGGCACUGUGCAUCCGGCUGGCUACCAUCAGCCGCUGUCGCCCGAGGAGGCCGACCACUUGCAUCAGCAGCAAUACAGCCCGACGUUCAGCGGCGUCGAUAGUCGCACAAGUGGCGCCAGCUCCAUCAACUACACGCCCCAGGCAGCGGCACAGAAUCGUUUUGGCGGCGUGCCCGUGUUGCCCAACAACACGCAGUACUACAAUAGGCCGCCAUCGGGUGUGCCACAAGCAACUGCAGCUGCCACAGCAACGCCUGUGCGCAUUGCGCCCACACAGCUGACGCAAGACAGUGGACUGCCCUCACCUCCGCUGCCGCAUGCCACAUCGCCAACGCCAUCGGUGCAAAAGUCCACAGAGGUUUAGGACUUGCCACCAAAACUCAUGCAUUCCAUACUACAUUUGCCUAAUGUGCACAGGCUACAAAGUUCAAAUUUGUAUAACUAAUUUCAUACACACACACACACAUAUAACAUAACAUUACUAUUAUACUACCUAAUAAUUAUUGUACUUGUAUUGUUUAACUUUGUAAAUUGCCCACCUGUCAUCGUAAUUUGUACUCGUAAUUGUUUCUACUGUUCUUCGACCAUGACUUUUUGCAAUUUUCACCACUUACAAAACAAUACAACAUAUAUACUAUAGUCCUAUGCAUAAUGUAUAACCCAAAUAGCCCAAGAAUAUUAACUUUACUGUUUACAUUUUAUUAUUUAAAUAUUUCAUUCAACACAAGGGAAUUUGUUGUUGUUGGCCAUUUUGUACAUUUUGCCACUGGUUACGAGUUAAACAAUUAUCUGUUUUUGUCAAUUGUAAAGUUCAUCAUUUAAUAAAUAAUAAAAUACUUUGUUAAUACUAAA